UGUUCUUUUUGGUUUCUACACUGAAAGGAUUCAGUGCAGAGGCGUGCAGCAGGAAUAAGAGGAAGCUUGCUUCCAUCUACAAGUUUAAAAUUCUCUUGGACAAUGAUGUCUGUAUCUGGGAGGAAGGAGUUUGACAUGAAGCAAAUUCUGAGGCUGAGAUGGAAAUGGUUUAGCCACCCCUCGCAGGGCUCUUCUGGAAACACUGGCUGUCUUCAGCAGGAGGGAUUUGAGCACCGUGGCAUGGGUCAGAACAGGUUGAAAAGCCACUCUCGGGACAGGAGUGGGCUCAGGAAAAACAGCAGCCCUAUAAGCAGUUUGCUGGCACCUGUGCCAGGUCCAAUUUACAACAGACCCGACAGUCAGCCAUGCCAUCAGCAGAAUACAGUUCCACGCACACCAGAGAACGAAGGGCUCUCUAAAAUUCCCACACAAGAGGACUCAUUUAAAGAAGAAGAAAAAGAAAACAAAGAAACAUUGGAAUCAGACAGUGCUGAUCUUACAGAAGAGUCUGGAGAGAGGCUGCCGUUAAAUAGCUGUUCUUCUAACAGGAUGAGUUCCGGUAGUUCGGAUGAGUUCUUCCAGUCAAUGAAUCAUGCAGAGCAAACAUUUCGAAAGAUGGAGAACUACCUCCAACACAAGCAGCUGUGCGAUGUUCUCCUAAUUGUUGGCGAUCACAAGAUUCCCGCCCAUCGACUGGUCCUCAGCGCUGUUUCAGACUAUUUUGCUGCCAUGUUUACAAAUGAUGUACGUGAGGCCAAGCAAGAAGAAAUUAAGAUGGAGGGUGUAGACCCAGAAGCACUUAAAGCACUUGUUCACUAUGCUUACACAGGUCUCCUAGAACUGAAGGAGGAAACUAUAGAGAGCUUAUUGGCUGCAGCCUGUCUUCUGCAGCUCUCUCAAGUGGUGGAAGUGUGUUGCAACUUCCUUAUGAAGCAGCUCCAUCCAUCAAAUUGCUUGGGGAUAAGAUCAUUUGCUGAUGCACAAGGCUGCAUGAAUCUGCUUAAGGUGGCCCACAGCUACACCACGGAACAUUUCAUGGAAGUGAUUAAGAAUCAAGAGUUCCUUCUGCUCCCCGCCAGUGAGAUUGAGAAGCUCCUUGCUAGUGACGACAUUAAUGUUCCUGAUGAGGAGACCAUAUUCCAAGCUCUGAUGAUGUGGGUGAAGCACGAGAUACAGAAGAGGCAGCAGGAUCUUGCAAUGCUCUUGUCUUACAUCAGAUUACCAUUACUCUCCCCACAGCUGUUAGCCGAUUUGGAAAAUAAUCCAAUGUUUGCUGAUGACUUGGAAUGCCAAAAACUCCUUAUGGAAGCUAUGAGGUAUCAUUUGUUGCCAGAGAGACGACCCAUGAUGCAAAGUCCCAGAACCAAACCUAGAAAAUCUACAGUUGGAGCACUUUAUGCAGUAGGAGGAAUGGAUACUAACAAGGGUGCCACAACAGUGGAAAAAUAUGACCUCAGGACAAAUACCUGGAUACAAGUAGGCACAAUGAAUGGGAGACGUCUGCAGUUCGGUGUGGCAGUAAUUGACAAUAAGCUGUAUGUCGUUGGUGGGAGAGAUGGAUUAAAGACAUCCAACACUGUUGAAUGUUACAAUCCAAUAGCCAAAGUAUGGUCAAUAAUGCCUCCAAUGUCCACUCAUAGACAUGGACUAGGAGUGGCUGUACUUGAAGGACCAAUGUAUGCAGUUGGUGGACAUGAUGGGUGGAGUUACUUGAACACAGUGGAGAGAUGGGAUCCACAAGCCCGUCAGUGGAACUACGUUGCCAGCAUGUCAACUCCAAGAAGCACUGUUGGAGUUGCAGCAUUAAACGGCAAACUGUAUGCAGUAGGUGGCCGAGAUGGCAGCUCCUGCCUACGAUCAAUGGAGUGUUUUGACCCUCAUACCAAUAAGUGGAGCAUGUGUGCACCCAUGUCCAAGCGAAGAGGUGGAGUUGGAGUUGCCACAUGCAAUGGCUUUCUUUAUACUGUGGGAGGACAUGAUGCCCCUGCUUCUAACCACUGUUCUAGAUUGUCAGAUUGUGUGGAACGGUAUGAUCCCAAAACAGACACCUGGACAACCGUGGCACCUUUAAGUGUUCCAAGAGAUGCUGUUGGAGUGUGCCUUCUUGGGGACAAACUUUAUGCUGUGGGAGGAUAUGAUGGACAGACUUACCUAAACACUGUAGAAUCAUAUGAUGCACAAAAUAAUGAAUGGACAGAGGAGGUGCCUCUGAAGAUUGGAAGAGCUGGAGCUUGUGUUGUUGUAGUGAAACUGCCAUGAAAAGCUGAAAAGAAUGUUUAGUUUUCUACAAGACCACAGAGAUUUAAUAAUAUUCUACUGUAUAUAAACAGCAAUCAUUCCAAAACUGCAUCAGCCUCACCACUGACUGAAAUUACAAAACAAGAGGUUCAGAAGGAAUGAGUUAUGUUUUGAUGCAGCUUCAUUGCUGAAAUGCAUAAACAUGAGCCUACUGCAGAUUUAAAUGGUUGUCAUCAGAACUCCAUCAUUAACAGAAUCUCAUCCCAGAAUAUGGUGCACCUUACCAGAUGCCACCAUGGAGUGGGAUGUACAGUGAUGGUGAAUGGAAUGUAUACUACUGUAUGAGCCGCCUUUCUGGAAAACUUUAUUAGUGAAGCUUUCACUAUGACUGAUGCUACUGUUGUUGGUUUACUGGUGCUGCGCUCAACGUGGGAGAAAAAUUAAGAGUUCUUAUGUGUGUCGAUGUUAUUGUAUGAAACAUUGUGUAUUACAGUGAAAGAGGCUUGAUUUUUCAAGAAAGUUUUAUCAUUAUCUCUUUAAAGGUGGAAUUUAAACAAUCAAAAUUAAGAAGAUGAAAUGACACUGAAGAGUCAAAUUUUGUUUCAAAUCUUUGAUAGAAAAUCAUCUUAUAAAUAUGUUAAUCAAAACAGGACUUUGUAACCUUCACUCCAUGACAUUAAUAGUCUCCCUUCCACUGGCCCAAGUCUUUGUCAUGGGAAAGGUACCAGUAAAGAGGCUACAAUACUGUGAGAUGAAAAGCACAUCUGGGAAUUUUUCCACAAAAAUUCUGUUUUCCUUUUAUCUGAGCCAUCACAAUACACUCACCACCAGUAAUAUUGCAAUACAGGAGUAGACAGGAGACUCCUGGGACUUUGCAAAGCACAUCCUUCACAACCAAGCGCCAUAGUAUAGAAAAAGAAGUACUCUACAUUGUACAGUAGCCGAAGCUGUUUAUCCAAAUUUUAAGGAAGUUGCUUGAUUACAAAUUGGUAAAAAUUGUUCAAAAAGUUGAUGAUUUAAUUUUUUUAACUGUUGUACAUCCCAAUGUUGCUUUAAACGAAACAUAAAAGGGCAGGGAGUUAACAAUUUUUUUGCAGGAUUGUGAAUCUAUAUUAUCCAAAAUGAUAGUGGUUCAAGUGUCUGUGUAGGGUUUAUUAUACUUACAUAUUUUAAUUUUAAAUGCAGUUGAGUAAUCAAAUGGUUUCUGAGAAGCAACUGAGGUGAAAUUUCAAAGUGCAGAAGGUAAGGGUUGUUUUUAAUGAAGCUUGAAACACAUUUUCUAAACUUGAGUAAUCACAGUGACUUGAUAUAACCAUAUAAUUUGAGGAAAUAAACCUUCUGUUGAUGACAACACAGCCACAAAACAGAUUUUGAGGAUUAUUGCAAUAGUUACAUAUAUCUGCAUUUCCUGAGCUUGUAGGUGAUAGAAUGAUGCUACAAAAUUUAUUCUAUGUUUAGAAAGAUUCAUAAAAUUAAUUUUGCUGAACAUGAACCUAAAUAUUUAUACAAUGUGGUUGUGUUUUCGAAGAGCUCCCCACACUUUUGACAACCUAAUACAUCUCUUUAAAGUAAUGUGAUGAUUCAAAAAUACCUACUUGUGAUCCAAUAUAUAUUUCUACUGCAUAAAGUGACUAUUAAAUGGAAUGAGUAUCAUUUUCAUGAUAUUGAAUCAUCUUUGAAAUUCUUGCAUUAAUUAGUAUAUCAAUGACAAUAAUACUACACCAAAGUUAGUCAUAGGUGUAUUUAUGUAGUGCUAGCAAUGCAGAGUUAUAUUUAUGGAGAUAUAUAAAUAUAAUCUUUAAUCCAAAUGUCUAUGUAUAUAUCAUAUUUAUAUUGGAAAAUGUAUUAUUAGUGAAUCCAGUUUUCUGAGCCUUUGAAUGUGCCAACAAAAUCAUGGCAGGAGUGUACAAACCUGCUGAAUAGACAAACAGAUAGCAGUAUACUUGCAUUGUACAACAUUCCACAACAUUUUCUACAACCAUGCAGAGAAGGAAGAACAUUUUAUACAUUACUAGGUCAAAAGUUGUGCAAGUCAAAGCUGCAGUAUUGAGUAAUAUACUCCUGACACUGGGCAGGGUAGGGUUAACAUAAAUGAGCUGGAGGAGAGGUGGAAGGAAUAGCUUACUUUCUUUUAAAACAGGGACUAAUUACAGAAAAUGUGAAUUAUAUCUUUGGAUCGUAAUCUUUGCUCCUGAGUCUUGCUGAUUAUAAAAUUUCUAAGCAAUGUUAAUUUUAUUUGGCCUCUGAUAAUUUUCAGUCUGCAGAAUCAGUUCUGUUGUACCAGAAACCACUCUAAUGAGCUGACAAUACAAACAAGAAGGUAUACUGCUUGUCAAGUGUGCUCUGCUCUGUACUGAAAAGAAAAUAACAUGAGCAGUAUAACUUGAAUGAUUCUUGCAACUAAUCCUAUGUUACCAAGGAGUCUGUGUACACUUUUGUAAUGAUCAUACAAAUUACUCAAAAAUACCGAAUGUCUCUGCAUAACUUGUAUUUGGCAUGGUUAGCACUUAACAGUCAAUUGAAUCUUUUUAGAGGUGCUGAGGGGGUGCUCCAUACCUCUGCCAAAAUUUUAUGUUGUUGGUGUACUUCUAGGAUGUUGGGAAGUCUAGGAGCUCGGAAUUCUUUUAGCCCUGACAUGCAAAUGAUGUUUACAGUUCAGCUGCCAGUUUUAAUUCCUCUGCUGCACCUGAAGGAAAUGGCUUUCAGUUCUGGAGUUAAUUCAGCUGGCAGGGGGAGUUGUGAUUGACCUAUCCUUUUGUACAAAAAAUGCAUUUAUUGUACAGCGCACCAAUUUAUUUGUAAUUUUUACACAAUAUACAAGUAAACAGGAUUUAAAUAAAUUGAAAAUUCGGAUUAUUUUGAUUCAAAAGCUGAGUUAGAAACAUUCUUCAUAGGUCAAUUUGUUGUUGAUUGCAAUCUUUUGGACAAAUAAUAAACUUUUAGAAGGUUGCAUGGGAUAGAAAAUCCUAUCUUUUCAACUAUAGACUAAAUUUGCAACACAGGAGGCCAAAUAUUGUACUUAGAGCAGCUAUUUACACUGCCUUUCAGUAUCAAUGGACUCUGCUAAGGCAAUGAAGUAUCUUUUCAGUACUGCGAUUUAUACCAAAACUUUGGUUGUUCUACUGUAUUUUUUGUUCAGCAUGUGAAGAAUCUUUCCUUUCUUAAUUCCCUUUUGGUGUACUUAUCUUUAAACCUUCUGUGUUA